AAAACCUCGGCAAGGAAGGAAGCAGCUGCGGCGAGAGGGGAAAGAUUAGCAGCGAGAGGGAGGAAGAAAGGGGGAGGAGGAGAAAGGGAAAAAUUAAAGUAGAGUUUAAACAGCGAGAGGAGAAAGAGGCAGCGGCAGCAGUAGUAGAGGAAGAGGAGUCCCAAUCGCACGGCGCCUCGACCGCCUGCUGCCUCCCCACCACCACCACCACCACCACCCCUACCGCCACCGCGGAACCCUAGGGCCGCCGCGGCGAGCGAGCGUCGGCCGCCCGCGCGAGAUCUCGCCAGGGGGCGCGGCGGGCGUCGCCCACUGCCCCCAGCUCGCCGGCGGCGGGGGCGGGGCCGCCCCCAUGCCUUUGGCGCCCCGAUCGGAGCCGAUCGGUGGCCGCUCGAGGCGUCAGAGGAGCUCGCCGGCCGCCGGGGAGGCGGAGGCGGCGGCGAGAGGGGAGGGAGGGGAAGAGGAGGAGGAGGAUGGCGCUGUUCCGCAAGUUCUUCCUCAAGAAGACGCCGGAUCGGCUGCUCGAGAUCUCCGAGCGCGUCUAUGUGUUCGACUGUUGCUUCGCCGCGGAGGCCAUGGGUGAGGAUGAGUACAGGGAUUACUUGAGUGGCAUUGUUGCGCAGUUGCAGGACUACUUUCCCGAUGCGUCAUUCAUGGUCUCCAAUUUCUGGUCUGGGGACAAGAGGAGUCGGAUUUCAGAUAUAUUGUCUGAGUACGACAUGACAGUCAUGGACUACCCACAGCAAUACGAAGGUUGCCCACUCCUUCAGCUCGAGAUGAUCCACCAUUUCUUGAAAUCAUGUGAAAAUUGGUUGUCAGUGGAAGGGCAGCAGAACAUGCUUCUAAUGCACUGUGAAAGAGGGGGAUGGCCAGUGCUUGCAUUCAUGUUGGCUGGACUACUUCUAUAUCGGAAAACGUACACUGGUGAGCACAAGACUCUAGAGAUGGUCUACAAGCAGGCUCGCAGGGACUUCAUACAGCAAUUCCUAAAGUUGAAUCCCCAGUCUUCUCAUCUGAGGUAUUUGCACUAUGUAACAAGACAUGGAAGUGGUUCAGAAUGGCCUCCAAUUAGCCGGCCUCUCAUAUUGGAUUCUGUAGUUCUCCACACAGUUCCUAGAUUUGAUUCCGAAGGGGGCUGUAGGCCGUAUUUGCGUAUUCACGGGCAAGACUCGAGUCCUGGUAACAAGAGUGCAAAGGUUCUUUUUGAGACGCCCAAGACCAAGAAACAUCUCCAGCGGCAUGGGCAGGCUGAAGUUUCGGUGAAAAUUAGUGCUUCUUGCCGUGUUCAGGGAGACGUGGUUCUUGAAUGCAUCCACAUUGGCGAAAAACUAGAUCGCGAGGAAACAAUGUUCCGCGUCAUGUUCAACACUGCAUUCAUUCAAUCAAAUGUCCUUGGAUUGAAUCGUGAUGAUAUUGAUGCUGCGUGGAAUGUGAAUAAUCAGUUCCCAAGGGACUUCCGAGCUGAGGUACUCUUUUCAGACCCUCAUUCCUUCAAGCCCGCUGCUGCAUUAGAAGAGGUAGGCGACGACGGAGAUGAGACUGACGUUGCUUCCGUAGAUACAGGAGAUGAGUUUUAUGAGGCAGAGGAGGAUUGGCAUGAUGCUAGGAGAGAUCCAGAUACUCAGUCAACUGACGGAAAAAUUUCAUUAGAAGUUGGCAACACAGAAUCGGAUGGUGGGGUGGCAGUUGAGGAAAACGGCAGCCUAGGGAAGCAUGUGAUUGAUGAGGAUGUGAAGAUUAUUAUCUCCGAAAAUUCAGGUAGCAUGAAUGACAAUGGGCCAGCACCUGCUCCAACUUUGGAAAAUCCAGGAGGUUUACAGCAGGCAUGCAAGGUUCUCGAGAAGUCUAAACUAAGCAACAUAAGUGACCAAGAGGACAAUGCUGUGCAGGACAUACAGGUGGUUGCUGCUUCUAUAGAUUCAGAAGGGCGCAAGUUUGGAUCAAACUGUCAGGAGGAUACGAAAGGUGUAAUUGCACAAACUUUAGUUACUGCAACAGAUCCAAGUUGCAGUGAUGAAGUUCAGUGUCACACAGGUGAAUCCAUGAAAAUAUCGACAUACACUGAUCUGGACUACACUGCUUUCAGUUCUCCUAGAAUAUUAUCAAGUGUGGACGAGGAUAUCCACUUAAGGACAUUGCCAAAUGAAGGACACCAGAAUGGUGACAUCAAGAUUAUUACCGAAAACACAGUAACUUUGGACAGUGAGCUACUGAUCUAUGAGGAGAAAGCAGUAGUUGAUAAUGGAAACUUUGUGCAGGAGGUAAAAACUGUUGUCAAGGAAGAGAGUGUUAUUUCAAAGAUAGACAGAACUGCUACUGAGAAUAUUGUCUCAGAAGAUAAUAACAGUUACAAUGUAGAACUGGUUAAGGUUGCUGAUACAGCUGACAGAAGACUGAAUCAUAGUAAAUCGAAAUCUGGUCUUGGAGAUACCAUACAUGCGAAGAAAAGCAGUCUACAGGAUAGUAUUGUUGUAUUACCAGCUAAUGAAAUAUCAAUAGAAAUGAAAGCCAAGCGAGAAGAGUUUGGUGGCAGACAGGAUUUUGGCAUGCCUCUUCCUCAAAGAAAAACAGAAGCUAGGGAUGAUAAAUCCUUGUCCUCAGUAUCAAAGAAGAUACCAGUAGGUAAUGCACCUGGGUCAGUGUUACUGGAGGCAAUGCUUGGGCAUAACGAACAACUGGAAGAACAAUCAAAGCCGGCCAAACCAAAAACAAUACGUAGAUGGAUCUCACCCAAGAAGGAAUCUGAAACUGCCUCUGUGCGUAGGCCAUCGCACCCUCCAUCCAGAUAUGACAGUUCUCCAGCUGCACUAGCUAUCCGUUCCGUGUCGACAGAUAACAAAGGCAAUUUUGUGAAAGGACCAUCUCUAGUACUACCUGGAACGCUGUACGGCAAUCACUUAACACAAGAUGCAAUGUUGUCUCCUCGAUUCCCUGCACGACGACCCUUGUUGUCAGGUGCACAAGCUACGCCAAGAAUCCAAGCUACAGCUCCUGCUCCACCCCCACCACCACCACCUCCAUUUUAUGCUUCUUCAAGUUCAGCUACACACCUAGCACCACCUCCACCACCACCACCGCCACCACCACCACCACCGGCUUCAGUAUGCUUGUCAAACAUACCUCCUCCUCCUCCUCCUCCUCCUCCUAUGUCUUUUGGAGCACAAACACGGCACUUUGCACCUCCCCCUCCUCCCCCACCUCCGCCCCCAGGGUUAGGGGUCCGUGGAAGCAUUCCACCACCACCUCCACCUCCGCCAAGGUUAAAUGGCAGUGCUAUUGCUCCACCUGCGCCUCCACCUCCACCACCGAAACCAAGUUCAAGUGCUCCGCCCCCGCCCCCGCCCCCGCCCCCACCGCCGCCUCCAGUUCAAUCCUUCACAACACGUCCAGGUGCUCCUCCUCCACCACCACCUCCCCCGCUUCCGGUGACACGUUCUGGUGCUCCAGCUCCACCACCACCUCCCCCGCCUCCAGUGACACGUUCUAGUGCUCCACCUCCACCACCACCUCCCCCGCUUCCAGCGACACGUUCUGGUGCUCCACCUCCACCACCACCACCACCUCCCGCAUCAUAUUCUACUGCUCCUCCGCCGCCACCACCACCUCCGAUGACCCGUUCAGGAGCACCACCUCCCCCGCCCCCUCCUCCUGGUGCACGCCCUGGACCUCCACCCCCCCCACCCCCUCCAGGUGCACGUCCUGGCCCUCCACCUCCCCCGCCUCCUCCAGGCCGACCAGCAGCUCCACCUCCCCCACCUCCUCCAGGCCGACCAGGAGCUCCACCACCCCCACCUCCUCCAGGACGACCAGGAGCUCCACCUCCCCCACCUCCUCCAGGCAGACCAGGAGCUCCACCUCCCCCACCUCCUCCAGGCCGACCAGGUGCUCCACCUCCCCCACCUCCACCUGGAGCUGGAGGGAGAGCACCUCCACCACCACCUGCACCUGGAGGAAGGCUUGGUGGGCCUCCUCCACCUCCUCCUCCAGGUGGCCGUGCACCAGCUCCUCCUAGAGCACCAGGCGCUCCACCACCACCAGGAGGCAAUCCUACAAACUCUUUAGGUAGAGGGCGUGGUGCUGUACGUCCUCCAGGGUCAGGUUUUGGGGCUGCAGCCGCACGCAAAUCAACAUUAAAGCCGCUGCAUUGGGUCAAAGUGACAAGAGCUAUGCAAGGCAGUCUCUGGGAGGAAUUGCAGCGAAAUGAUGACCCACAUAGUGUAUCGGAGUUUGAUUUGUCAGAGCUCGAGAGCCUUUUUCCAGCAGCCGUACCAAAAACGGAUAACACCUCCAAAACCGACAGAAGAAAAUCUCUUGGAUCAAAGCCAGAGAAAGUUCAGCUGAUUGAGUUGAGGAGGGCAAACAACACGGAGAUCAUGCUUACAAAAGUGAAGAUGCCGCUGCCAGACUUGGUGAGUGCGGCACUGGCACUUGAUCAGUCUACCUUGGAUGUUGAUCAAGUGGAGAAUCUCAUAAAGUUCUGUCCUACGAAAGAGGAAAUGGAGCUUCUUAAGAACUACACCGGAGACAAGCAACUUCUUGGGAAAUGUGAACUGUUCUUCCUAGAACUGAUGAAAGUCCCACGAAUGGAGUCAAAACUGAGAGUAUUCUCCUUCAAGAUCCAGUUUGGUUCACAAGUCGCAGAUCUUGGGAAAAGUUUGAAAACCAUAGACUCUUCAUGUAAUGAGAUACGAAGUUCUCUCAAGUUGAAGGAAAUAAUGAAGAAAAUACUGCUCCUUGGAAAUACGUUGAACCAGGGAACUGCUAGAGGUGCUGCAGUUGGCUUCCGGUUGGAUAGUCUGCUAAAACUUACAGAUACCCGGGCAACAAACAAUAAGAUGACAUUAAUGCACUACCUCUGCAAGGUGCUUGCUGCAAAAUCACCACAGCUUUUGAACUUCCAUGUGGAUCUUGUUAGUUUAGAAGCUACAUCAAAGAUACAACUGAAAAUGUUAGCAGAAGAAAUGCAAGCAGUCAGUAAAGGGCUGGAAAAAGUUGAGCACGAGUUUAAAGCUUCAGAAAGUGAUGGUCCAGUGUCAGAAAUUUUCCGUGAGAAACUGAAAGAGUUCACUGACAAUGCUGGAGCAGAUGUGCAGUCAUUGUCUUCAUUGUUCUCUGAAGUGGGAAAAAAGGCUGAUCAAUUGAUCAAAUAUUUUGGUGAGGACCCUGUCCGUUGCCCAUUUGAGCAAGUUAUGUCUACCCUGUUGACAUUUGUAACAAUGUUCCGGAAAGCACACGAGGAGAAUAUCAAGCAAGCCGAGCUUGAGAAGAAAAAAGCUCAAAAAGAGGCAGAAGCAGAGAAGUCUAAGAAUGCUCAGUUGGCCAGUAAAAAUGACUCGAAAGCAUCGAAUCCAAGCCGACAAGCGAAACAAACGUUAGAGAAAACAAGAUCUACAAGUAGGCGAGGAAAAGAUGGUGGGUGAUCUGAGAGACCAACUCCAGUGUUGUGAUUUUGAUCUGCCUGCGGGGCAAAUGCAUGCCCUGUCGGAUGCAUGCGAAGGACCAUGGAUUCGCACCGCGUCUUUGAAGGCGAGAAAAGGCGUGUGAAUGGACGCAAUGACCAGUGGAAGUAGAAUGCAUCGAAGCAAUUGUACAGUACAACAGUACUCCCACCACGCAGGUCUCACUGGCAAAUGGUCGACUAUUUUUUCCCUUCGGCCAGCAGGUGUUCAGUGCCAACAUCUGGCUGCUGUAAAGAGCUAACUGUGAAGCUAACUUCAUUCUUUUUUUCUUACCCGUGCUAUGUUACUUGUUCUUUCUAACAUCGGUGGCCAAGUACAGCCGUAGCUUUAGGAGAGUGCAACCAAGGCACAAAGGUGCGAAUUGUACAAAUAGGAGUAGGGAAAGGGUAGAAGCAAAGAAUAUGUUCCUGGCAUGGUAGUAAAUAUGAGAUGUAAACGCACUCGUAGUGCAGUUAAUCGUAUUUUUUGUAGCUAGGGUGUCAUAGUUUUGAUGAUCGGUUCGGUUGUAUGGCUACUCUUAUCAGCCACGCUGGAGGUGCUGCCGUUUUUUUGUUCCACGUGCAUGAUAACAAGAUGGAAGACCCUUCUGGAAUCAUAUGACCUUUUGUUACAUGAUAUGAUAGCCUGAUCUGUCUAAAAUGGCUGAGUUUCCUUCUA